AUGCCCUACGCACUCGACAUCCCCGGCCUUUCGGCGUGGCAGAACAUCCGGGACCAGCCCUACCCGGCCAAGCCCGAGGGCCUCGCCGUCCCCGAGUGGAUCUUCCAGGCCUCGCUCUCGGCCUGGACUCCCAUCACCGUAGCCGCCGUCUACCUGGUGGCCACGCACGCCACCAACAGCCGCUUUGGCGCCAACAAGCCCAAGCCCGCCGACCUGAUCAAGAACAGCUACGGCCUUAGCCAGGCCGUGCUCGGCCACAACAUCCUCCUGGCCGUCUACAGCGCCUGGACGUUUGUCAACGUCGCCGCGCGCCUCGGCUCCUACUUUGGCAGGUCCGUCCUCUCCGGAGGCGCCGAGGGCCUCGUCAACGCCUACUGCACCGUCCCCAUCCACGACGCCAGCCGCUCCGGCCUCGGCUUCUACGUCUGGCUCUUCUACAUCAGCAAGUACUACGAGAUCGUCGACUCGGUCAUCCUGAUCCUCAAGGGCAAGCCCGUCAGCAACCUCCAGAGCUACCACCACGCCGGCGCCAUGGCCUGCAUGUGGGCCGCCUACCGCUACAGCGCCAGCGCCGUCUUCCUCUUCCUCUCCUUCAACUCGCUCGUCCACUCGCUCAUGUACACCUACUACUCGAUGACGGCGCUCAAGCUCCCCUUCACCGGCGGCCUCAAGCGCUCGAUGACGACGAUCCAGAUCACGCAGCUCGUCGUCGGCGUCCAGCUGGCGGCCGCCUACCUCUUCAUCCGCUACAACCCGCUCGCCUACCCGCAGGGUGCGCUGCCCUCGCCCGGCCGCGUCCUCGUGACGGCCACCGAGCACGACCUGGCCAGCAAGGCGCCCGCCUCGCUCGGCACCUCGGCCUUUGACGGCACCUCGUACAACGCCACCGCGCUCGCCGCCGCCCUCAGCUCGAGCACCGGCAUUGCGUCCAACACCAAGGAGGCCGCCGCCGUCAUCCUCCGCUCCCUCACCCAGAGCGCCGGCGCCGACAACAAGGUGUCGUGCGUCGCCACCUCGGGACAGGCCUUCGCCGUCGCCCUCAACGUCACCUACCUCCUGCCCCUCAUCUACCUGUUUGUGUCGUUCUACAUCAGGUCCUACAAGAAGAAGGCCGCCCAUGCCGCCGCCGCCAAGGCAGCCAAGGCCCAGUAG